AUGGCGACUUCAAUACCCAUUGUAGAUUUUCAACAAUAUGGAUUACAUAUAAAAAAUGAAACGGAGAUCACCAAUGCAGAUUUAAAGAAGAUUGGAGAUAAACUUAUUGCGGCGUUUGAUUCUAUUGGAUUCUGUUAUAUUAUAAAUCAUGGAAUACCACAAGAUUUGAUCGAGAAAAUAUUUGGAGUCUCAAAAACAUUUUUUGAUUUAUCAACAGAAGCGAAAUUGAAAUAUAUUCGUUCGAAAGACAUUGCUGACAACCAUGGAUAUGUAGAGAUGGGACGAGAAAGUUUAAAUCCACAACGACCUGGUGAUUGUAAAGAAGCAUUUAAUUUUACACCAAAUCAUGCUAAGUUUUGGCCAACUAAAGAAGUUCCAGAGAUGCAAGAUAUAUUUCACAAAUUUUAUGAUGAAUGUAAACAGAUAGCUUUUCGUAUAUUUGAUGUUUUUACAUUAGGUUUAAAACUCGAGGAUAGAAAUUUUCUUCGCAAUAGUCAUAAAAACAUUGGUUGUGAUAGGAAUUGUACUACUAUAAGAUCAAUAUGGUAUCCACCAUUACCAAAAGACGGCAGCAUAAAACCAGGCCAAGUUCGUUGUGGAGAACAUAGUGAUUAUGGGACAUUGACGCUACUAUUGCAAGAUGGUAUCGGCGGUUUAGAGGUUUGUAACAAGAAUGGUGAUUAUAUACCAGCUACUCCUGUACCUGGUGCUAUUUGUGUUAAUAUUGGUGACUUGAUGCAGAGAUGGACAGCCGAUAAACUCAUAGCUACUAAACAUCGGGUGCUCAUUCCAGAAAGUGAAGUUUUGAAGAAUAAAGGGAGGCAAUCCAUAGCGUUUUUUAUCCAUCCUGACGAUGAUUUUGUCAUCAAGUGCCUGGAUGGAUCAGAUAAAUAUAAACCUAUAUCAGCAUUGGAUUAUCUGAAUUGGAGAUUCUCACUAACAUACCAAUAA